GUCUUAGAGGCAGCACAAGGAUCCGCGCUGGUAGAGCUGGGGCAUACGAAAGUGAUUGGGCAGGUUCUCGGACCUGUUACGGCCAGCUCGAGCCACCUGCCGCCUUCCCUUCAAUUGAACAUGGAAGAAGGAGUCAUGCACUUCGAACUUCUGUCCACUGGAAAAAUCAAUUCAUGGACUAUUGCCAGAGAAACCGACUUGGCUUCCAACCUCUCCGAUGCGCUAUCCGCCUCGGUUCCGUUGAGACAGUAUCCCAAAUGCGCCCUUUUGGUUAAAAUUACGGUGCUACAGGAUGAUGGGAGCAUACUACCAGCAUGUAUUACUGCGGCUACUUUGGCAUUGGCUGAUGCCUCUGUGGAAAUGUACGAUGUUGUAGCCGCUAGUACUGUUGCCGUAUGCGAUGGUUUGCUAGUAGCAGACCCCACGCUGCGCGAGGUAUCGGCGGCGGAUGCCGUCAUGACGCUGGCCAUUUUACCCAACUGGAAGGAAUCGACUCUGUGGCAACAGUCUGGACGCUUGAAUCCGCAAAGGGCAAACGAAGCCAUGGAGUUGUGUCGAAACGGUUGUCGAACGAUGCAUCGGUUUUUGCGGGAGCACCUUAUUCAAGAAAACGAGAAAGACAUGGCACAUGAGUCUUGA